AUGAGAGCACACCAAAAUGGCACCAUCUCCACUGAAGUUUCAAAUUUCCUCCUGAACUGUUUUGUCAGAUCCCCUAUUUGGCAGCACUGGCUGUCCCUGCCCCUCAGCCUCCUCUUCCUCCUGGCCAUGGGGGCCAAUGCCACCCUCCUGAUCACCAUCCGGCUGGAGGCCACUCUGCACCAGCCCAUGUACUACCUGCUCAGCCUCUUCUCCCUGCUGGACAUUGUUCUCUGCCUCACUGUCAUCCCCAAGGUCCUGGUCAUCUUCUGCGAUGGAGUCAUGCACAUUCAUGCACAGCUUUAUUACUGCAGGAGAAAUGUCAUUGAAAACUGCAUCUGUGCCAAUAUGUCUGUCUCCAGGCUCUCUUGUGGUGAUGUCACUAUCAAUCGCCUUUACCAGUUUGCUGGGGGCUGGACUCUGCUAGGAUCUGACCUCAUCCUCAUCUUCCUCUCCUAUACCUUCAUACUGCGAGCUGUGCUGAGACUCAAGGCAGAGGGUGCUGUGGCCAAGGCCCUAAGCACAUGUGGCUCCCACUUCAUCCUUAUCCUCUUCUUCAACACCAUCCUUCUGGUCUUUGUCCUUACUCAUGUGGCUAAGGAGAAGGUCUCCCCUGAUGUACCAGUCUUGCUCAAUGUCCUCCACCAUGUCAUUCCUGCAGCCCUUAACCCUAUUGUUUAUGGGGUGAGAACCCAGGAGAUCAAGCAAGGAAUCCAGAGGUUACUGAAGAAAGGGUGGUACUAA